AGGCCAUGCUAACCAUCCACUUACGUGGGGAAGAUGUGCGGGAAAAACCGUUGUACCAGCAAAAUCAGCCUCCCUGCAGGAUGUAUGAUCGGAUCUUAUCAGAUCACAGCUACAAGUCCGUGAGCGUGGUGAAAGUCGGUUGGACGGCCUGCGAUGGUUUCAUCAGAGGUCUUGGCAAAAGAAUGAACGUUCGCGUCCACGCGAGUUCUAUUGUGGAAGACUUUGCCAUGUUGAUGCGUGCCAGGAAUUUGGCUGUGUCCUUCUCCAGUUUCGCCAUGAGUGCGGCUAUCCUCAGCAAAGAAAUCCAGGUCAUGUACCGUCGUCGCGAUGCGGAAUGGGACUCAGUGAUGCAUUCCAUCCUCAACUGCGCCUUGUGGCCUGGAGUGGUGAUGUACGAAUACAACACCACCUUUGUAAGUUACCGGCACCUGCCCAAACCCUUCAAAUAUGUGGAUGAGUGGCUUAACGCGGUCCCCGAUGAAAAUAUCACGGGACCCUUCAAGUGCGAAUAUGGAAGUGAGAUUCAGCCGGACAUCUGAGAAAAG